AUGGAUCCAAAGCUGGUGGAGGUCAUGCAGCUGUUCGCCCGCUUCAAGGCGGCCUACCUCCGCAGCGAUCUCGACGUCUGCUCCAACUUCCUCUCGCAGCUCAAGGCCCUCCUCACCAAGUUCCCCAGCCUACCUCCGUUGUUUCAGCAGACGCCCAAUGCCGUGGAGGAGCUCAAACUUGCGAGGGACAUUUAUGAGCAUGCAGUUCUUCUCAGUGUGAAAACAGAAGAUCAAGAUGCAUUUGAAAGGGACUUCUGCCACCUCAAGCCUUAUUACAUGGACACAUGUGGCAUAAUUCCUCCAUCACCGGUUGAGUACCCAAUUAUGGGGCUUAACCUUCUGAGGCUGUUGGUCCAGAAUAGAAUUGCGGAGUUCCACACUGAGCUGGAGCCUCUGCCCACCAAAGCGCUGGAGAAUCCUUGCAUCAAGCACGCGGUUGAGCUCGAGCAGUCUCUUAUGGAGGGCGCUUACAACCGCGUGCUGAGUGCUUGA